ACCCGUACUAUAUAUUGCUUACUUCCCAAUAUAAACACACCAAUUUGCCUGCAACUAAUACCUCUUCUAUUCCCUGCAUUUCUAAUUUUACUGAUCUCUUCUAGACACAUUGUGGUGAAUGCAUUAUGGUAUUCUUAUAUCUCCGACUGGUUAUCUUCGUAUUCACUAGUAUUGUUUAUGUGCCUUGCUCGAGCAAUGCAGCAGGUGGUAAUUGGCCGCCUUCCCCUGGCUAUUGGCCUAGCUCCAAAGUCCGGUCUAUGAGAUUUUAUCAAGCUUAUCGAAAUCUCUGGGGACCUUCCCAUCAAAGAGUGGACAAUAGUGCACUCACUAUAUGGCUUGACAGUACCUCAGGUAGUGGAUUCAAGUCUAUGCGGCCUUUUAGAUCCGGGUACUUUGGCACCUCCAUCAAGCUCCAGCCUGGUUAUACUGCAGGAGUCAUCACAGCUUUCUACCUCUCUAACAGUGAAGCUCACCCGGGGUUCCACGAUGAGGUGGACAUUGAAUUCCUGGGGACAACGUUUGGGAAACCUUAUACACUACAAACAAAUGUUUAUAUCAGAGGAAGUGGUGAUGGCACGAUAAUCGGGAGAGAAAUGAAGUUUCAUCUCUGGUUUGAUCCCACCAAAAAUUUUCACCAUUACGCGAUCUUGUGGUCUGUCAAGGAGCUCAUAUUUCUGGUUGAUGACAUUCCCAUAAGGAGGUAUCCGAGAAAGAGCGCGGCUACAUUCCCAUUAAGGCCAAUGUGGGUUUAUGGAUCGAUAUGGGAUGCAUCUUCAUGGGCAACCGAGGACGGUAAAUACAAGGCCAAUUACCAGUACCAGCCAUUUGUUGGGACGUUCACUAACUUCAAAGCAUACGGUUGCUCUGCCUACUCUCCGCGCUGGUGCCGCCCUGCCUCUGCAUCUCCCUACCGUUCCGGUGGACUUACCAGUCGCCAGUACAUGGCCAUGCACUGGGUACAGAGUCGUUACAUGGUCUAUGACUACUGCAAGGACAAUAAGAGAGACCAUUCUAAAACACCAGAGUGUUGGGGCUAAUACUUAAGUAACCAAUUCACACAUGAAUUAAUCCUUAAACAAUCAUAUGAAAUUUUCAAUUUGUUUAAUCAUUGCUUUUUGUUUCGCUUGUAUUAUUAACUUGAGUGUGAUGAAGACUUUUCUGGGAGUCUCUAAGAGAUGGGUCCUGCUGUUUGCUGGUGAAGAAUGUAAAUGGUAGUUGGGCAUCCAAGACACAUAUUAAGGAAAAACAAAUAUGAGAUUGUGUGUUAUGUUUUACUCCUUUGGAUGGAUAUGUUUAAGCAAAUCCAAGAGAGUGGUGGGCAAGGCCAUAAAUAUGGUGUUUUAUCGGGUACAAUUAUUUGUAUUUUCAAGUUAUUUACAGGAUUUUUCCUUA